AUGUUCUUCCCCACCAAACUUACAGACGCUGGGCCUUCGCCCUCGCUCUCGGCUCCGACAGUUGGUUACACUCAGAGCAUGGUCGAGUUGAAUGCAGCACAUAAUGCUCUCCUCUUUGGCCAACAACAACUCCAUUUUCAACAAUUCCAACAACUCCAGCAGCAACAACAGCUCCAAUACGAAAUGGCACACAUCAGCCUCGGAUCUCCUCACACUCCAACCACUCCAGUCAACUCCAUCACCAUCCCCGAACCCAACUCACAAGGAGCCAGCCCCAUCCAUCGUGGCUUCCCAUCCUCGCCAGCCGCCAUUCCGUCGUCUUCGGUUUCGACAGCCGCAUCCUCGCCCUUGGCACCUAAUUUCUCCAACAUCAACUCUAAUGGAUCUUCCACCCCUAUCCACCACCCCGCCCUCUCUCAAUUCCAAAGUUCAUAUCAUUCGGCUCCACGACCACAUCAACAACAGCAGCAACAGCAGCUGCAGCAGUCGCCCAUGAGUCAGGCACCAAUCCAGAAUCCCAUCUCGUCACCUUAUUUUUCCCAGACCGACAGUCCUUUCGUCACCGACGCUGCUGCUUUUGGCACCACGGACGCCCACGACAUCGACCUCUUCCCCCUGAAUCCCGUUACAUCCUCGAUGCCUAACCACGUCCAGUCGAUCUUGCACAGUUCUAUUCAUUCCCAAGAGUUUAACCUUGGCCAGCUUACAGUGCCUUCGGCUGGAUCCAACACCGUAUCAAGUUCACAAGACUCCCCUAUUCUGCCACUCGACAGUGUCAAGCAUGAGCGCCUCUCCCCAACCUUCCAGUCACUCGAACUUACCACGGACAUGUCGCUCUUGUGCAAUUGCCCGGACAAGUACCCCUGCGGCCAACUCAACCACACCGCACCAGCAGCGGCACCUCUGGGAAAGUCAUUGUACUCGGUCAUCGGCGAGGAGGAUGAAUUUGGCGGCUGUUAUUCAUCAUCAUCAUCUGAGCGCGCAGGGAGCGAGGAUGGGAGCGAUGCAGGACUCUUUUGUCAACUACCUUCGACCUCUGUCGGCACCAAACCUUCUUCGUCCUCAUCGACUUUCCGCUCAGGCACACGGCCAAAGUCAAUGUUGGUGACUUCGUCCUCGUUCUCGUUCUCGGGCCAACCUUACGAAUCUCCGUUCCACAAGGACUCUUCUAUGGUCGCACAACCGCGUCCUCGUCGCUCUUCGUCUGGAACAUUUGCGUAUUACUCGCCCGCCACCGCCACCUCCCUCCCCACAUAUACCUUUGGUGCUGGUCACCAAUCCACUCACUCUCAGUCACAUCAACACCAACAGCAAUAUCACCAGCAUCAAGGCCAGCAGUCUCGACCUACAAUUAUUCAUCACCCACAGCAGCAAUAUGUCCAGCACCUCCUUGACCCCGAGAUGGUCCCCACGAUUACCGAUAUUCAUGUGUGCCCUGUUUGCCAACGCCGCUUCUCAAGGCCGUUCAACCUGCGAUCGCACAUCAUGACGCAUACGACGUCGCGUCCUUUUCCCUGUGAUGAAUGUCAUUGGAGGUUUUCUCGGCAGCAUGAUCUUCUUCGCCAUAAACGAGCCAAGCACCCUGGAUCGGUCCCCCCUCUGCCUCCCAAGGUCCCCAAGGUCAAGACCGAACCUAUCAAGGAGUAA